AUACGGCGUUUGCCGUCAGGUGUGAAAAAAUAUUUUUUCACGCUUUAAAUAAAAGAAAAUCAGCUUUAUUUGGUAUAAAGUUUUUAAAAAGAGGUGUAUUAUCCAAAAACGAAAAAUGGAGAAGUCAAAGGCUAGAAACUCAAGUGAAGACAUUGCUGACGGUGAAGUUGCUGACAUCAACAAUGGCGAUUAUAGACGUGGAUCUACAGACGACGAACCUCGGUGCAAAGUGGCAAGGCUCAACACGGAUGCAAAGAUUGCCUUAGACUUAACAUUAAAUCAUGCGUAUACCACACCAACAUUUACAGAACAACUAAAAACACAGUGGAGUGCACAGGAGAAACAAGACUUCCAGGAUGCGGUUACAGCAGUAAAGGUGUAUACGGAUCCCUUUCAAGUGUGCCUGCUGCCCGAUUUGCUACAAAACAAGACCACCUGCCGACAACUUGUAGAUGAAAUGGUUGAAAAGGUUCAUUGGUCGAGAAAGCAAAUGGAUUUAUAUGAAUUUUAUCAAAGUACCGACUUGUCCAACAUGGCCGAAUGUAAAUUACUUACUAGCUUCCUACAAAUGCUACGUCGCACUGUGAGACCAUGGCUGGAAACGUUAACCGGUUUGAAAUUAGAUUAUGUGUCUGCGUCCUGUUCUAUGUAUACUUGCGGUGACUAUCUGCUGGUACAUGACGAUUUGCUGAAAGAUAGACAGAUCGCAUUUAUUUACUACUUAUCUCCAUGGGAAAACGCGGAACAGUGGAAUGAAGAUCAGGGAGGUUGCCUAGAACUAUUCAAUAGUAAUGAACGGUGUUUUCCUCUAUACCCAGUAAAGCGCAAGAUAUCGCCUAAAAAUAACCAAUUUGCCUUUUUCAAAGUUGGCUCACGCUCAUUUCAUCAAGUGGGUGAAGUGACGUCUUUCGAUUAUCCACGUCUAACCAUAAACGGUUGGUUUCACGGUGCAUCGAAUGAUGACUUGAUAGCUGAUAUUAUGCGCCCAUUUUCUAAACUCGAAUUCACCUCACCAGCAAAUAAACUUGAAAUAUCUGUGGAUGAAUUUUUGAAUGAGGUGUAUUUAAAACCGCAAACUAAAAAAAGUAUUCAAAAACGCAUCGAAGACAAUUCGGAAAUUUGUUUAUAUGAGUUUUUAAGGCGUGAAAUUUUCGAGCAGGCUUUGGAGCAAUUAUUGAAUGACGAUUCACUGAAAUGGCGCCUAGAGGGACCAGCGAAUGCACAUAAUUAUGAAAUACUCGACAUAGCAACCGCCAGCAAAACCAUAUCUCGUCUAAUUGCACUGUUUUCAAGUGCGGAAACUUUUAGUUUAUUGCGUGACUAUACGGAUCUUGACUUGGCUGGCCCAAAUGCCACUAAUCCAACGUACAAUCUGCAAGUACAACGCUGGUCGCACGGCAACUACACUGUGCUGGGCGAUGGUGCCAUAUGUGAAGAGAAUACACUGGACUUAAUAUAUUAUUUAAACGCUAGCGAAGGUGCUGCUGUUUUUACCUAUUUGUCGCCGGAAGGGGAUGAACAACUUCAGACGAGUCGUCAUGAAGAUUCAGAUGACGAUAAUACAGACAGUAGCUGUGAGGAUGAUGAUUCUGUACUUUUAACAAUUACGCCAGUAGACAAUGCACUGAAUAUUGUGUACCGGUGUGAAGGUACAACAAAAUUUACAAAAUAUGUGUCACGGAAUACACCGCUGGAAAGAGGGCCUGUAUACGUGAUUUCGUGCAGUUACAAAGAAUAGGGUAGAGUAACAAACUUAAACUUGUUAAAAGGUAGCGCACAAAUAAAAGCAAAUGAGUUGUCCGUGCGAUGAGCAUCGUUUUAUUUUAGUUAACCAUAAUGGUAUUGUUUGUUCAUUCAAUUCAAAUAAGACUCUACAAGUAAAAUUGUAUUGAAAUAUAAAGUACAGUAAUUUUUGUUUUA